GGGCGGCGGAGCGUCGCCGCGCACUCCGAGGCCGCGCGCCCUCCCCGGGCGCAGCGCGGAGCUGGGCCGUCCCUCGGCCUCUGCCAGGUCUUUAUAAUUGCCUGGAGGCAGGAGAAUGAAAAGCGCAGAGUAAUCAUGUUGAAAGAUUUUAUAUUUGCUUUUAGCAGUUUAAUUUCUUCAUGACAGAAAACAGCAGGACAAUGAUAUUUUGUUUUCUGAGCAGAACAGUGCAACUAGCAAGUGCAUCCAGUCUGCUGGGAAGACUACUCUGUUCAGCUAGCACGAAUAAGCCAGUAUUGACGCUGUUCACCAAGGUAAAGAAACCUUGCCCUCUUUGUGAUGAAGCAAAAGAAGCGCUUGAGCCAUAUAAGAGAAGGUUUAUUUUGCAGGAGGUGGAUAUUACCCUUCCGGAGAACUCAGCAUGGUAUCAUAAAUACAAAUAUGACAUACCUGUUUUUCAUUUAAAUGGAAGGUUCCUAAUGAAGCAUCAAGUAGACAUUCAAAAGUUUGAGGACCAGCUUACAAAGCUAGAGAUGCAUAAUGAUGGAAACCAUUGAAGAAAAUACAGUUGCUCUGGUGUGGUUCUGAAAUGACUGUGCAAAAUAAAUUGUGUGAAGAAGUAGUAUUCAUUAUCUGGCCUUACUUUUCUUAGAGCUUAUUGUACCUAUGUCCUAAAAAAAUCGGGUGACUCAUAUUCUAUUUUGUAUUAGUCAUUGAGUCCAGCUGCUUCAGUAGCAACUGUUACUGUACUGAGCAUCUGCUGUAUUCCUAGACUAUGGCUUUUCAUUGAUAUAAAUGGCUUUUCAUUGAAUAAAUGUUGCUCCAUAGCAGCAGAGCAAAUGAAA